AUGACAUCAAAAAAUCCUAUUUCUUUAACAUCAUUUUCGCAAUCUUCAUUUAAUAACAAUGACUCUUCAACAGAUUAUUCAACAAUAAUAGAGUUAAAACAACCUUCAUGGGAAGCAUUAAGAAAACAAGUCCGUCAAUUAGAAAGUGAAAUUGAGCAGAAAUUAACUAGUUAUUCUAAUUUGAUUGCACAAGUUAGUAAAAAAAAACCUGGAUCUAGUAAUGGUAGUCAGAGUAAUUUAACAAAUGAUGGAUUAAUAGAGAGUUCAAGUGAAGUAGCAGAAUUGCAUCUGGAAGAAUUAAUAAACAAGAUGAAUUUAGAAGCUGUGAAAAAUAAAUCUGACUUAUUAAAAUCUGUUAGAGAUGAUAUUAGCUCUUAUAAAUCAGGUGCCAGUAGUGAAACGGAUUAUUUUUUAAGGGAGCGUGGUAAAAUUGAAAAUUCAAAUAAAAUGACUGAUAUGAUUAUUGAACAAGCAUUUGAGACAAGGGAUGCAAUCGAAAGAGAUAGAGCUAUUUUAUUAAAUUCAAAUAGCAGAAUUAGAAAUUUAAAAA